CUUACAAAAGUGUGCUGUGGAAUGUGAAGAGAAUCGAUCAUAGAGGUAUCACGGCGAUUGAGAUCAGAGACACUUCUCUUUUCUUCUCUUGGAUAUUGCUACUUUAGUCAACAUGGGGAAAGAUUUUGGAAACCUUUACAAACUUAAUGGCAUCGUCUACUAUCGUCUAAGUCCAUACGAGCAAAAAGCCUUCAAAGGAUUAAUAUCCGAAGGUGUACCAAAUUUAAUUCGUCGCUUCCAAGGCAGUGUAUUUAAGAUUGCACCUUUUUUCAUGUUUUCCUAUUUGCUCGUGAAUUGGGCGAAUGAGAAGAAUCAUGCUCUUUCUCGCAAAAAUCCCAAAGAGUAUGAAAAUGAUACAUGAAUAUAUAUAUAUAUAUAUAUAUAUAUAUAGAUGAAUUUCCAAUUAAUGACACUUAGUUUUUAUUGUAAAAUAUCAAUUAAUCUUAUCUCUUUAAUUCUGAAAUAAAAGAAUUAAUAAUAUUGUAUCGAAAGUAAUAUAUGUAUAUGAAAAUAUUUGGGAGUUCUUCAUAAAUUUGUUGCUUUUCUCUUUCGUGGGUAAAGUAAUAAAAAGUAAUCGAUGCGAGUCGAUUAUGCUUGUUUUUAUUCAGUAAAUUUAAUUGUUUGUACAAACAUA